UUCUUAACUAUCGUCGAACAAGUAGUAACAACAGUCUGUACUUUAGGCGUCUUCGGCGAGGAAGAAGACAUAAUUGUAGUCAUUACUAAUUUGAUAAAUGCAUCAUGCUCAUUCUAAAGUUUUUAAGGCAUUCUUAAGUCCUGAUAAUACUAAGCUGCUGCUUUAUAUUUUAAGCUUGCAUCGCUUCAUUCCGUUGGAUAUUUUAUCUUCCUACUAAAAUUAUUCUGUGGUGUUGAUGCAAAUGGUUGAUGUGAUUAGUAAACAAACUCGAUUUUAAUAUCUGGGAUUCUUGUUUGUAAUUUUAUUCCAGUCUUGGAUUAAUCGUUGUUUGUUGUAGCAAAAAACUCGUGGUUUUAUUUAACGGAGUGAAAUGGCUCUUCGUACUUAUGGCGACAAACCUAUUAGCUUCCAACUCGAAGAGAAUGGCGAAUAUUAUUGUGUUGGUUCUGAGGUCGGUAAUUAUCUUAGGCUCUUCCGCGGGUCCCUUUACAAGAAAUACCCUGGAAUGUAUAGGCGUUCCAUCACAAAUGAAGAAAGAAAGAGGCUCAUUGAUCUAGGCUUAUCGCAGCAUGUUCUUGCUAGCAGUGUUUCAUUGCUCCGCACUAUCGAGGUGGAAGAUAUUAUAGAAGGCAACGACGAGAAGUACAAAGCAGUAUCAGUGCACACGAGCGAUCCUCCGCUACCUAGGGAAGGAAAGAGUAAGAAAAAUUUGCAGUGGGUACCUAAUUUGCCGAAUUCCAGUCAUCUAGAUGCAGUGCCACAAGCCACACCUAUAAAUCGAAACAGAGUAGCAGCAAAAAAGGUACGAUCAUUUCCGUUGUGUUUUGACGAUACUGAUCCCCAAUUGAACCAAGAGAACGCCUGUCAGCAGGAAGUUUUGGUUCCCAUAAGGCUUGAUAUGGAAAUUGAAGGUCAGAAGUUACGAGAUACGUUUACUUGGAAUAAAAAUGAAAGUCUUAUUACGCCAGAACAAUUUGCUGAAGUUCUUUGCGACGAUCUGGAUUUGAACCCGAUUGCUUUUGUGCCCGCCAUAGCUCAAGCCAUCCGUCAGCAAUUGGAUGCGUUUCCCAAUGAGCCGCCCAGUAUAAUUGAAGACAAUAGCGAUCAGCGGGUUAUUGUCAAAUUGAAUAUCCAUGUGGGCAAUACUUCUUUGGUUGAUCAGGUCGAAUGGGACAUGAGCGAGAAGCAAAACAAUCCUGAGGAGUUUGCGUUAAAACUUUGCUCAGAGCUUGGAUUGGGCGGAGAAUUCGUGACGGCUAUAGCGUAUUCCAUCCGGGGCCAACUUAGCUGGCACCAAAGAACUUAUGCUUUUAGCGAAGCGCCUUUGCCAACUGUGGAGGUUCCAUUUAGACCUCCUUCCGAGUCUGACCAGUGGGCACCAUUUUUGGAGACGCUGACCGAUGCCGAGAUGGAGAAGAAGAUUCGAGAUCAGGAUCGGAACACGAGGAGGAUAAGGAGACUGGCCAACACUACACCGGGCUGGUGAAGAGAAAGAAUAAAAUAAAGUUUUAAAUUAUUGUAUGAUGUUUAUUGUAUUCCAACUUUUUCCAUGACAAGUUCGCUUAAGUAUAAAUUGAAAAUAGA